AUGUGCGGCUCAGCAGUUAUCGUAUCUUUGCACCGUCAGCAUGCGGAAACCAACGGGGUCGCGGCAGCCAAGGCAGCCGACAAGGAAAACAGGCUUUCGAAAAGCCUCGAUCUUAUGGCACACCGCGGCCCCGAUGGUCGGGGCAUUUGGAUUGACCCGACGGCGGCAGUUGGUCUCGCACAUACCCGUCUUGCCAUCAUUGGCCUUUCGGCCGACGGCAACCAGCCCUUGUAUGACGACCAAGAGCACAUCCACGCUGUGAUAAAUGGCGAGAUUUACGACCAUGAUCGCCUUCGCCAGGAGUGUGUCGACGCCGGUUACAAGUUCAAGGGCCACAGCGACUCUAAAGUAGUCGUCGCCUUGUACCAGCGAUACGGCGCCCCGGAAUUCCUGGAUCACUGCCGGGGUGAGUUUUCCAUGGUAAUUUACGAUGACCGUACCGGCGAGGUUUUUGCGUGCCGCGACCGCUAUGGCAUUAAGCCACUAUUUUACACCAUUAUCCAAAAUAAGCUGUGGUUUUUAUCCGAGGCUAAGGGGUUUUUGGGUAUGGGUUGGAAGCCCGAAUGGGAUGUCGAGUCUAUCGCUAUGGGUAUAAGCAUGAUUGGCCCAAGCACCAUGUUUAAGGGCGUUAAGAGGAUCGAGCCCGGAUUUUUUAUGAAGGUUAAUCGUGAUGGAGAAAUUACCCACGCCAAAUAUUGGGAUUUAGAUUUUCCCGACAAGACUGUUGUCGAUAACCGCUCCAUGGAAGAGAUGGUCGAAGAGCUGCGUGCAAAACUAGUUAAUGCCGUACGUCUCCGCCUUCGAGCCGAUGUACCAGUGGGCAUUUAUUUGUCGGGUGGUCUUGAUUCGUCGUUGGUUGCAGGCAUUGCAAAGAUACUCCUCGAAAAGGAGGGUGUCACCGCCGGUAAUCAGAAACCAUCAGACCGAAUCACCACAUUCACCCUCGCGGUAAACAGUGACCAAAGGGAUUCGGUGUACAAUAAAGCUUCUAUUGCGAGCAGGACGGCCAAAUGGCUCGGCGUAAAAGAGAAAACGUUGAACGCGGACGAAGAGCUUUUGGCCUCAAGUUUUGAGGACGCAUAUUGGUUUAUCGAAAAACCGGUUAUCAAUCUCGCAUCUUGUUCUAAAAUCGCGUUGUCCAAGCUUGCUCGCGAUAGCGACAUGACUGUCAUCCUAACAGGCGAAGGUGCGGAUGAAACAUUUGCUGGGAACAAAUAUCCGUGGAUGCUUACCGACCUGGUCACGGAGCUUAACUACUCGCGGCCGGACGCAGCCAUAAACAAAGAUAUUAACAAGCUGCGUGGCCCUAUCCGUGAACAAAUACUGGAUUUGUGGGCCAAAUUAAACAAUCCCGAACUGCCCCAACAAUUGAAGAAUAUUAAGCCCGAGACGUGGGAGCAGAUGAAUCAUGUGGGCACGCCAUUUUUUAUGGAGUACACCAGCGGGCUCCACUUAAUCGACCCCAAACACCGCGCCAAGCACAAUAUCGACCAGCGAAUACACAACGUAUUGCAUUAUGUCGAUCGGAGGGCCCUGGAGAAUAUCCGGGAGAAGUGGCACCCUUUUAAUUCAUUAGUCUACUUCCACCAAAAGAUUCUACUCAUUAACCAAAUUAUCCUUUUAAACGGCGACCGAACAAAAAUGGCCAACAGUAUCGAGGGUCGACCACCUAUUUUGGACCAUAAGGUACUCGAAAUCGCAGCCAGGCUUCCGCCCAGCGUCAAAGUUGGCUAUUUCCCAGAGGGCUCCAAAUUGAGCAGCGGUGCAACUAUGUUUAGAACCAACAAGGAUGGAGAAUUUAUAACCAAAUUCCGAGAGAAGUUUGCUUUGCGAGAGGCAGCAAAGCCCUUUGUCACCGACGAGAUUUACACUAGGCCCAAGCACAGUUUUAUGGCGUUAACCAAGUACGGUACCGGAGGCCCGGUACAUAAGAUUAUUACAAGGUUUGUCACCAAAGAAAACGUCGAGGCAUUCGGCUUCCUCGAUUGGCCCAAAAUAUAA